UAAAGAUAAUGAAUUAGCAGAGUAUCGGUAGUUCUGUUGCAAUUCGCUCGGCGCGCGUACGCACUCGCGACCGACUCACGCUCGCACUAUUUACUCGCACUAUUUCAGGACUGUAUGUCCUGAUAAUAAAAUAUUUCACCUAAUUUCGAAAAUCAGUCGUGAAUUGCCUGCACUACCGGAAAAUUAACCUACCGUACGGUAGGCUAGCGUGAAGUCGCUUGCAUGAGAGUGCAGAAUGGAGGAGAUAGAUACUGUUCCACUGAGCGUGUCGGCUGGCGGCGGCGGUUUCUCGUCGUGGCUGCAGCGCCGCCUGCCCGUGCUGCGCUGGGCGCGCGCGUACGACCGCACCAGCGCGGCGGCGGACGCGGUGGCCGGCGUCACGCUGGGUCUCACGCUCGUGCCGCAGAGCAUCGCCUACGCCUCGCUGGCCAACUUGCCCGUGCAAUACGGACUCUAUUCCGCCUUUGUGGGUACGAUGCUAUACGUAAUGCUGGGUACGGUGAAGGAAGUGUCGAUAGGGCCCACGAGCCUUAUGGCAUUGCUCACGUUGCAGGCAUGCCGUGACCUCCCAAUUGAUUUCGUAGUGCUUCUUACCUUCCUCUCCGGCUGCAUCGUGCUUCUUAUGGGAAUUCUACGUUUAGGUUUUCUGGUGGAUUUGAUCUCGCCAGCGGUGACGACCGGUUUCACUUCUGCGACGGCUAUGAUCAUCGUGGUUGCGCAGCUAAAGGGGCUGCUGGGUCUGAGCUUCGUGGCGGAAUCUCCUGCUGAGAACCUGAGGCAGAUUGUACUGCGCUGGCGCGAAGUGCGCGUGGCUGACUGCGCACUCGCCGUAGCGUGCUGCACCACACUAUUACUGCUCAGGAAGUUGAAGGACAUUCCAAUAAGUCCAAAGCGGUACAAAUUGAAAAAAACACUGUGGUUUAUUUCUAUCGGUCGCAAUGCGCUGGUUGUUUUCGCUGCCUCUUCCUUCGCUUUUUACACGUACGACGCCAAGCUGCCACUCUUCAAACUAUCAGGUAAAGUGGAGCCCGGUCUGCCCAAGUUCGGUCUGCCGCCGUUCAGCACAGUAAUCGGUAACCGCACGAUUGGAUUCCUGGAGAUGACGACAAAGCUCGGCUCGAGUCUAAUGCUGUUGCCUUUCGUCAUGGUGCUCGCAAAUAUCGCCAUCGCCAAGUCCUUCAGCAAGGGCGGGUGCGUGGACGCGGCGCAGGAGAUGUUGACGCUGGGCGUGUGCAACUGCGUGGGAGCGCUGGUGCGCGCCAUGCCCACGUGCGGCGCCUUCACGCGCUCCGCCGUGUCGCACUCGUCCGGCGUGCGCACGCCCGCCGCCGGCCUCUACUCGGGUCUGAUAACAUUGCUGGCUCUGAACUUCCUCACUCGGUACUUCUUCUUCAUACCUAAGGCUUGCUUAUCGUCCGUUCUCAUCUGCGCCGUUAUAUUCAUGGUGGACGUGGGCGCGGCGCGGCGGCUGUGGCGCGGGCGGCGGCGCGAGGCGGCGGUGGCGGCGCUCACGUGCGCGGUGGGCGUGUGCGUCGGCGUGGAGGCCGCCGUGCUGUGCGGCGCGCUCGCCUCGCUGGCGGCGCUGAUAACCGACCUCCUGCGCCGCCCCGCGCUUCUGAUGGCCAGCGACAAGUCUGUCGGCGGCAGUGUACUGAUGGUGCGGCCGCGGCGUGCACUCGUCUACAUCAACGCGGAGAGCUUCGCGGCGCGCGUGCGCACUGCAGUCGAUUGCAACGACAAUCAUCGCGAGCUGUUCGUUGACUGCUCGGCGCUCUCACUGAUUGACUACACCGCUGCGCAGGUAUUGGGACGACUGAUAAAGGAGUUAGAGAGUGAGGGUCGGCAGGUGGUGUUUUUCCGUGCGAGCGAGGAAGCGGCGCGUUGGUUGCGACGCGUGCCGGGUCUGUGCGCGAGCACGCUGCGCGAGCGCACGCUGCGGGACGCGCUGCGACACAGCGCCGUGCCCGCCUCGGCCGACGGCGACUCCGCCGCGCGGCUGCUCAAAGACGAACCACUGCACGAGGACGUCUGACACGUCUUCUAUCUACUGACAUGCUCAUUACAAAUGUACUCUAGAAGUGUAAUAUCCGUAUUGAAACAGUGUUAUCUAUGACGGUGAUCUACCAUUCAUUAUUUGUACAUAAACGCUCACGAAUCACCCUUUCGAUGCUGGCCGCUUUCCCUCGUGACCGAAAUAAAGAUUACCUUUACUUUCGCCUUGCUACAUCGAUAAACAAAGUGAAUUAAUCUUUGUAAUCAUCGAAUUAUACACUGUACAAAAAUACAAAAUAAUUAAGCGAUUACAUAAGGAUUUUGAAUUUUAAUAAUUUAUUUUUAAUUUGUUGUUAAACUCUUGUUGUAUAGGCACACACUUCACGUCGUUUUAAGAUUUUAUAAUGUUAUGUGU